CUCCUCCGCUCAACUCAAGAGUGACAACAGCUGGUAUCGAGCACUGCAGCAGCUAGCCAAGACCAAGCUAGGGCAAAAACGGCGCAAUGGCAGCCACCACCGACCGCAGCAGGAUGCAGGCAGCAGCACUCGUGCUAACCCUACUGGCGCUCCUCCCACCGAGCAUCCUCGGCGCCCGCACCAGACCGCCGUCGCCUCCGCACCAUAGCCAGGGCGGCCACAAGCGCUCGCCGCCGCCUCCCGCUUCUCUUCCUCCUCCCCCUCCCCCACCUCCUCCGCCGCCGCCCGCGGCCGACGCCGGACUGGUCCGCGCCACGUGCAACUCGACGGCCUACUACGACCUAUGCGUGUCGACGCUGGGCGCCGACCCGACCAGCGCCACGGCCGACGUGCGAGGCCUCUCGACCAUCGCCGUCUCCGCCGCCGCCGCGGACGCCUCGGGCGGGGCGGCCGCGGCCGACGCUCUGGCCACCGCCGCCGGCAACACCACGGCAACACCCGUCGACGCCACCACCCGGGCGCUGCUCCGCUCGUGCGCGGCCAAGUACGGCGAGGCCCGCGACGCGCUGUCCGCCGCCAGGGACUCCAUCGCGCAGCAGGACUACGACUACGCGGCCGUGCACGUCAGCGCCGCCGCCGAGUACCCGCAGGUGUGCCGGGUGCUGUUCCAGCGGCAGAGGCCUGCGGACUACCCGCCGGAGCUGGCGGACAGGGAGGAGCCUCUCCGACGGCUUUGCACCGUCGCGCUAGACAUCAUCACGCUCCUCGCCAACAACGACACCAACUGAUGAUGGCCAGAGGCCAUGCACGUGACCAACCUUAAUUACCUGCUUAUUACUUGAUUCAUUAUUCAUGUCCAAGAUCACCAAUAUAUAUGUGUAUGUUUGCGAUGUAACAUGUAUAAAUAAGCAGUCUUCUGAGUCUCCAUGCGAUGACAGGAGUCUAUUAA